AUGGAACACUUGAGACCUUUUGUGAUCACUAACCUUUCUGCAACAGAACUAGAAGACAUCAGGCUCUUCGGCAGGAUGAAAGUCUCCGCCACUGUCUCCAUCUCCGGUGGCCCUCCAACGGGCUAUAACACGAAGUUCACAACCCAUGUCGAUAUGCAAGGAAACACCAAUCCCAAAUGGAACACUCUCAUGGAUUUCAAACUCCAUGACCCAUCUCUCCGAAACAACCUCCUCUAUCUCAAUUUUAACUUCCACUGCAGUCGAACCUUCGGUGACAAAUACAUCGGCGGAGUCAGUGUUCCCAUCAAUCCCCUCUUCGCCAUGAUAUCGGGCAAUAGGACCGCUUCUCAGGUGGUCCGGUAUCCAGUUAGGACGUUUUCUGGGGAGGUGCAUGGCUUUGUAAACUUCUGUUUCGGAUUUGGGAACUCAAUUCGUCCAUUGGGACCGCAACAACCGGCUCCGCAGUGGCAGCCACCACCGCCACCACCACCACAUGUAGUGUCCCAGGUUGAAGUUAACUGGGGGCAGAGUUAUUAUACAAGUGAGCCACAGACACUGCAAAACCAAGUCAAUUAUGGUGGUAAUGCUCGGGCCAAUGAUGAUCAGGCCAAUCAGUAUAAUUAUGGUGAACAAGCCAAUGAGUUUGAUGAUGUGAGUGACUACCAAUGCUGA